GCUCAGAUUUCAUUGAAAAAAUCACCUGCUUUGGUCAUUUUAUUACGCCAUAAAAUGGAAACUCCUUUUCAGCCCAUGUUAAACCUUUUCUAGUUUUCUCUUUUCUUAUACCCAAACACACACAACACAAGUCACAUUUUUUGGCUUUUAAAACAGAGAGAGAGAGAGAGAGAGAGAGAGAUUACAAAGAUCAGAAUCAGACAGGCUAGCUUAGCUCCAUGUCUGACUCACUCUUAACUUUCUAUUCUCUUUCAGCCAUUCUUGCUCUUCUCCCAAUCUUCAUCUUCAUUCUCAUCAAAAGAAAGCAAAGCAAACCCAGGCUCAACCUUCCCCCAGGUAACAUGGGUUGGCCAUUUCUUGGUGAAACCAUUGGCUAUUUGAAGCCUUAUUCUGCCACCACAAUAGGGGAAUUCAUGGAGCAACACAUAGCAAGGUAUGGUACAAUUUACAAGUCAAAACUGUUUGGGGAGCCAGCAAUAGUGUCAGCAGAUGCAGGACUCAACAGGUUCAUUCUACAAAACGAAGGGAAAUUGUUCGAGUGCAGCUAUCCUAGAAGCAUCGGUGGAAUACUAGGAAAAUGGUCCAUGUUGGUCUUAGUUGGUGACAUGCAUAGAGACAUGCGGGUUAUAUCACUCAACUUUCUAAGCCACGCCAGGCUCAGAACACACCUCUUGAAAGAGGUGGAGAAGCAAUCCCUCUUGGUUCUGAACUCUUGGAGCCAAAAUUCCAUAUUCUCAGCCCAAGAUGAAGCUAAGAAGUUCACCUUCAAUUUAAUGGCUAAGCAUAUCAUGAGCAUGGAUCCUGGGGAUAUCGAGACAGAGCAACUAAAGAAAGAGUACGUCACUUUCAUGAAAGGGGUGGUUUCCGCGCCAUUGAAUUUACCUGGAACUGCAUACCGAAAGGCAUUGAAGUCUCGGUCCAUUAUACUAAAGUUCAUAGAGGGGAAAAUGGAAGAGAGAGUUAGAAGAAUCCAAGAGGGGAAUGAGAGUUUGGAGGAAGAUGAUCUUCUAAACUGGGUUUUGAAGCAUUCGAAUCUUUCAACGGAGCAAAUUCUUGACUUGAUUCUCAGCUUGCUCUUCGCUGGCCAUGAAACUUCGUCGGUAGCCAUAGCUCUAGCCAUUUAUUUCUUACCCGGUUCUCCUCAAGCUAUACAACAGUUAAGGGAAGAACACAGAGAAAUUGCCAGAGCCAAAAAGCAAACAGGGGAAGUUGAACUCACUUGGGAUGACUACAAACGAAUGGAAUUUACUCAUUGUGUUGUGAACGAGACACUUAGGUUGGGAAAUGUUGUGAGGUUUCUCCACAGGAAGGCUGUGAAAGAUGUUAGCUAUAAAGGUUAUGACAUUCCAUGUGGGUGGAAAGUCCUUCCGGUGAUUGCAGCCGUGCAUCUGGAUCCUUCACUUUUUGACCAACCUCAACACUUCAAUCCAUGGAGAUGGCAGAACAAUGGUAGUCGUGGUGGAAGUUGUUCAAGCAAGAACACAGCAAACAACAACUUUCUUCCGUUCGGAGGAGGACCACGAUUAUGUGCAGGAUCAGAGUUAGCUAAGCUUGAAAUGGCUGUUUUCAUUCACCAUCUCAUUCUCAACUACCAUUGGGAAUUGGCUGAUACGGAUCAAGCUUUUGCCUACCCUUUUGUCGACUUCCCCAAAGGCCUACCCAUUAGAGUCCAAGCCCACUCUUUGCUUUGAGAAAAAUUAGUUAGUAAGUUCACCCCAAAUAUGUAAUAACUCCAAGCCUAGCCAAUAACAGAGUCACACCUUGAUCUAAAUCAAACUACGUGAAGAAUUUGAAGUUCCUAGCUCCAAUGGCAUUCCAUACAAAUCAAAAAUAUUUCCGACUUUCUCGCGUACAAAGGGAAGAGAAAAAUAUUAAGUACAAUUGUACAAAGACAGGCAUUAGGACCACUUCCCUUUCUUCUUCUUCCUUUUCCUUCAAUUCCCCCUCUAGGCUGUAGUAGAUUUUUACUGCCCCGUACCCCCACCCUCCCUCACAUUGUACAUUUUUAUAUAUUCCUCCCAAAUGCCCACCUCGAGUGAAUAUUUACUCAUUUUUAUUUUCCCACUAUUGUAUUGUAAUCUAUCUUUCUUACUAUAUAUCAUACUCCCAAUUAUCUUUUGUGUAUAAAUCAUUUACGUUCUGUUGCUUUCCUUCA